GCUGCCUUUCUGAGCGCCCCCGCCUUGCCGCAGCAGUCCAGGGUUGAGAUGAGCGGCUGCAUUUUCCACCCCUUCCUCUCCCAGGAACUUUCCCACACUUUGACACGCGCCACGGCUCUGUGCAUUGGAGGAAGCAGGCUCCUGGGGAUCCUGACCAAGGAGUUCAUCUUCUCAGAGCUGCUGUCCAACCUGUACUCACGUGGGGACCAGAACACGCUGAUGGAAGAGUCGGCAGAGCAAGCACAGUGGCACGAUGAGAUACUGUGCAUGUACCACGUGCUGAAGGAGGCACUCAGCAUCAUCAUCAACACAACCACCAUCAGCACACACAUGGGGGCCCAUGGACAACUCCUGGCUGCAGGUGCAGAGCGUCCUUGCCAGAUGCAGGUACCAAGGCUGGCUCCCACGGCCCCAAAGCCCCCCAGCCCCCAAGGCUGA